AUCUGACUAUAGAUCUGCAAUCCCCUACAUACAGACAUGUCCGGCUAUUAUCCUCCACCCGGUGCCCCGCCGCCUGGCCAACCUCCCUAUCAACAAUACCCGCAACAAGGCUAUCCGCAGCAACAGGGCUAUGGACAGCCGCCUCUCGGGGCACCAGGUCAAGCACCAUAUCAACAAUACCCUCCCCAAGGACCUCCUGGCCAGGGAUACGGCGCACCACCUCCACAACAAGGCUGGGGACAGCCUCCUCCUGGACAACACGGCUACGGAGCUCCUCCGCCUGGUCAGUACAACGCUCCACCUCCCGGACAAUAUGGUGCUCCCCCUCCCGGACAAUACGGCGCACCUCCGUCCGGCCAAUACGGUGCGCCACCUCCGCAACACGGCUAUGGAGCACCCGCCGGACCGCCAGCGAUGCCAUCCCCCGGAUAUGAUCUCCGACAACGCAGCAACAUCAACGUGGACCGCGCCGCGGACGAUCUCCGCGCUGCAAUGAAAGGUUUCGGCACCGACGAAGACAAACUGAUCCGGACUCUCGCCCAGCUCGGACCCCUCGAAAUCGAAGCCGUCAAGCAAGUCUACAAAGCCCGGCACAAGCGCGAUCUAAUGAAAGACGUUCACGGCGAGACGUCGGGGUACUUCCGCGAAGGCUUGGAAGCCAUGAUCCGCGGCCCUCUCGACCAAGACUGUGAAGUCAUCUACGAGUCCCUCAAGGGCGUCGGCACGAAAGAGAGCGCCCUCGACGACACGCUCCUCGCCCGCUCCAACGCCGACAUCCACGCCAUCAAAGCCCACUAUCAGCAGAAAUACCGCCGCUCGCUCGAGUCCGACGUCAAGGGCGACUUGUCGAUGAAAACCGAGCGCAUGUACGACAUGGUCAUGGCGGGUCGCCGCGCCGAGGAGUCCGAACCGGUGAUCCCACAACAAGUCGACGCAUGGGUCAAGGAGAUUUACGACGCCACCGAAGGCCGCGCGGGAACCGACCAGAUGACCGUUUGCGCCGUGCUGACGGCCCGCAGCAACGGCCAGAUCCGCGCGAUUGCCCAAGCCUACCAGGCGAAAUAUCACCGCUCCCUGGAACAGGUCAUCCGCAAGGAGUUCAGCGGCCACAUGGAGAAUGCACUGUGCUUCAUCGUCGGUGCCGCCGUGGAUCCCGCCAAGAACGACGCGGACUUGCUCGAGGACUCGAUGAAGGGCAUGGGUACCAAGGAUACGGCGCUCGUCCGGCGCGUGGUUAUGAUCCACUGGGAUCGUCAGAGACUGCAGCAGUGCAAGGCGGCGUACAAGCACUUCUACAAGCGCGACUUGGUCGAGCGCAUCAAGAGCGAAACCUCGGGCGACUACAAGAAGCUCAUGGCGGUUUGUGUUAGCCUGGCUUGAGGGAAGGUGAGAUACUGGCUGACUUUUUGUGUUUUGUGCUGUAUAGCUGUUUCAGGUCUAAGGGUUUGGGAGGUAUUUUGGUUUUCACAACGGGAGAUACCCGCAGAGGAGGUUGGACAGCACGCGAGGAUUGAGAGCGUUUGAGUACCAGACAGGAUAAGCAGUUGACGAAUGCAACGGACGACUUUCUACGAGUGUAG